AUGCGUAAAGCCCACAGGCAGUGUGAUGGCUCUCAGAGUCUGCAUCCUGCAUCCUCUCUCAAGCUGAGAGAUUUGAUAGCUGCUAGGCCUAUGGAGGAGAGUCCUGGGAUUUCUGCAGAUGUGAUAAUGCUUGGAAAAUGUAUGUGCCUCUAUCAGUUUCUGCAGCAGUGUUAUAUCUCUGCUUACAGGGUUGAUCAUCCUGGAGAUUCUGACUUAUCUCGACUCCACAGACAGCCAGUCCGGCUGCUGCAGCCUCUAGUCCUGGUGGAAGUAUUAUUUCUCUUAUUUAAACAGGUGUUGGCUACUACCUUUGACCCAUAUUUGGGUGGAAGGAACUUUGAUGAGGCUUUAGUAGACUACUUCUGUGAUGAAUUCAAGGCCAAAUAUAAGAUAAAUGUCAAAGAGAACUCUCGGGCCUUGUUGCGGCUGUAUCAGGAAUGUGAAAAACUAAAGAAGCUGAUGAGUGCAAAUGCGUCAGAUCUUCCCCUAAACAUCGAGUGUUUCAUGAAUGACCUUGAUGUUUCUAGUAAGAUGAACAGGGCUCAAUUUGAACAGUUGUGUGCUUCCCUGUUGGCCAGGGUUGAACCACCUUUAAAAGCAGUAAUGGAUCAAGCUAAUUUACAACGUGAAGACAUAAACAGCAUAGAAAUCGUAGGAGGAGCUACUCGGAUUCCUGCAGUCAAGGAGCAAGUCACUAGGUUCUUCCUGAAAGACAUCAGUACCACCCUAAAUGCUGAUGAAGCCGUCGCCCGAGGAUGUGCACUGCAGUGUGCGAUUCUCUCACCAGCAUUUAAAGUGCGUGAAUUUUCCAUAACAGACCUUGUUCCCUACUCAGUCACAUUAAGUUGGAAGACUUCUUUUGAAGAAGGGACUGGGGAAUGUGAAGUCUUCUCUAAGAACCACCCAGCUCCAUUCUCAAAAGUCAUAACUUUCCACAAGAAGGAACCAUUUGAACUAGAAGCAUUUUAUACUAAUUUGCAUGAAGUGCCUUAUCCUGAUCCAAGAAUUGGAAACUUCACUAUUCAGAAUGUUUUCCCACAGUCUGAUGGUGACAGUUCUAAAGUAAAGGUUAAAGUUCGUAUUAACAUCCAUGGAAUCUUCAGUGUGGCCAGUGCAUCAGUAAUUGAGAAGCAGAAUCUGGAAGGUGAUCAUAACGAUGCCCCCAUGGAAACAGAAGCUUCUAAGAACGAAGGCAAAGAGGAUGUGGACAAAAUGCAGGUUGACCAAGAAGAAGGAGGUCAUCAGAAAUGUCAUGCUGAACAUACCCCAGAAGAAGAGAUUGACCACACUGGGGCCAAGGCAAAGGCACCUCCUUCAGACAAGCAAGAUCGCAUAAAUCAAACUAUUAAAAAAGGGAAAAUCAAGAGUAUUGAUCUACCUAUCCAGAGUAGCCUGUACAGACAACUGACUCAAGAUCUUCUCAAUAGCUACAUUGAAAAUGAGGGGAAGAUGAUAAUGCAGGAUAAAUUAGAGAAAGAAAGAAAUGAUGCUAAAAAUGCUGUUGAAGAAUACGUCUAUGAUUUCAGAGACAAAUUGGGCACUGUCUACGAAAAGUUCAUCACUCCAGAAGACAUGAAUAAGCUGUCUGCAAUGUUAGAAGACACAGAAAAUUGGCUUUAUGAAGAAGGAGAGGACCAACCUAAACAAGUUUAUGUGGAUAAGCUUCAGGAGUUAAAGAAAUAUGGCCAGCCCAUUCAAAUGAAGUACGUGGAGCAUGAAGAGAGACCAAAAGCUUUAAAUGACUUGGGGAAAAAGAUCCAGCUUGUCCUGAAAGUGAUAGAAGCACACAGAAACAAGAAUGGUUCAGAGACCAGCCCAGAUCCACCCAAAGGAAGCUCCCAGCACACCGACUCUGGAGAGAUGGAAGUGGACUAGGUUCCAUGUAAUUCAACAGGGGUUAACCACAGGGUCCAUCCAUCCUUAUGCCUGGUACACACAACAUAUGUUCAGUUGUUCUUAACUACUUUUGUCAUUUGUUUUUUGGAGUAGUUUCGAAAAGUGUCUAUAUUGAGUGCAUAUUGAUGUCCAUUGCUGCUGUGAAGCUUUAGCUGA